GGCAUUGGAUCCUGUGGAUUCCAAGAUACAAAUGAUGAUCAGUUAGUAGUGGCUUUAUCGAAAGAAGUGAUGUCUCAAGGGUCUUAUUGCGGCAAACAGAUUAAAGUGACGAGUAAGAAAGGAAGUGUGCAUUUGAAAGUGAUUGAUACGUGUCCAGGAUGUGCCAGAGGAGAUGUGGAUAUGAGUAAAGCAGCGUUUGACAAAAUUGGUGACUAUGACAAAGGACAUGUUGACAUUUCCUGGAACUUUUAG